AUGGCACUGUAUGGAACUUCUGACGCUCUGAUGUGCAAGGCGUUCCCCACAACACUAAGGGGACCAGCCCGCACGUGGUAUGACGGCUUGAGGACCGGGACCAUCGCCUCAUUUGACCAGCUCGCUAGAGACUUCGAGCUCAACUUCCUAGCCAGCGCACGACCGAAACCGUCCAUUGCCUUGCUUCUCGGACUACACCAGAGGGAGGACGAGUCCCUCUCCCACUUUGUGAACCGUUUUGCCACGCAGAUCCGGGGAUUAUCCGACGUUCACCCCUCUCUAUUGAUGCAAGCAUUCAUGACAGGACUACGACCUUCACGAUUCUUCUGGUCCCUCGUUGAGAGACCCCCCUCCGCGGUACCGGAGAUGCUUCAGUGGGCAAACCAGUUUAUCACGGUUGAGGCUUGGAUGGCCGGAAAGCAGGAAAAGCACACGAGGGUUAGACCGAAACCGGCUCGCGGGCAACAGCCUGCCGCGACUAGGCAAAACGGGCACGACACCGAAGACUGCCGUGAACUGAAGCGGCAGAUCGAGGAGCUCGUCCGCGGGGGACACCUUAGUCGGUACAUUCGACGUAACGGGGAGUCCUCGCCUCUCCCAGAGGGCCCCGUGGAGCACCACAUCGAUGUCAUCACCGGAGGACCGGCGGCUAGGGGAACUAGUAUGUCGGGGAGAAAGGCAUACGCUCGUUCCGCCAGGAUCGACGCUCCCCAACGUGGUCCCGACCCCAAGGUCGCAUUCCCUCCCGAGGACGUCAAGCCACCGGAGCACGACGAUGCGCUUGUGAUAAUGGCUCGAAUCGCUAACGCCCAGGUGAGGAGAAUCAUGAUCGACACCGGGAGCUCGGCCGACGUGCUUUAUCUGGACACCUUCCAGAAGCUGGGGUUAACCAAAGAAUCCCUAAAGCCUAUAUGCUCGGCGCUCACGGGGUUCAUCGGCGAUUCUGUCUCACCAUUGGGGACUGUUACCUUGCCCCUCACCUUGGGAGCACCGCCCCAAAUAAAGACGGUGAUGUCCACCUUCUUGGUGGUAGAUCUUCCUACUGCCUACAAUGCCAUCCUCGGUCGCCCCACCCUCAACAAAAUCAGAGCUGUGGUCUCCGCCUAUCAUCAAACGGUGAAGUUUCCUACCCCCACCGGGACAUGCGAAGUUUGGGGAAGCCACCGAGAGUCCAGACGAUGCUACUUGACGGCAGUCUCGCUGCACAAAAAGGCGAGGACCGACCAGCCUCUUGAAGACCCGAGAGAAGAGAAGCGGCCGACACCACACCCGGAGCCGAUGGUGCCCACUUGCGACGUGCCAUUGAUGGAGGAUCGCCCGGAUCGGACGGUCCAGGUCAGGUCGAAACUCCCCGGGCAAGAGCAAGAGUAG